AUGAGACCUAACCCGACAACCCGACCCGGUUCUGAAGUUUCGGUUUUGAUUUUUGAAGAUACAAAAACAGAGAAAUCAGAUUCAAAAAUGGAGGAAAAACGACGAUCGAAGAUGAAUAUCGCUAUAAUUCAUCCAGAUCUUGGAAUAGGUGGAGCUGAAAGGUUGAUUGUGGAUGCAGCGGUUGAGCUAGCUUCUCACGGUCAUAAAGUUCAUGUCUUUACUUCUCACCACGAUAAAUCCAGAUGCUUUGAGGAAACUCUCUCCGGUAUCUUUGGAGUGACGGUGUAUGGUUCGUUCUUGCCACGGCAUAUUUUCUACCGGCUUCAUGCCGUGUGUGCGUAUCUGAGAUGUUUGUUUGUGGCUCUCUGUGUGAUUUUGGGAUGGUCAUCGUUUGAUGUUAUAUUAGCGGACCAGGUCUCUGUUGUUAUCCCGUUGCUGAAACACAAAAGACCAACAAAGGUUGUUUUCUAUUGCCAUUUCCCUGAUCUUUUGCUAGCUCAACACACUAGUCCGCUCAGGCGAAUGUAUCGCAAACCAAUCGACUUUAUCGAAGAAGAAACCACAGGAAUGGCAGAUUUGAUUCUUGUAAACAGUAAAUUCACGGAAUCAACAUUUGCCAAUACAUUUAAACGUCUUAAUGCCCGAGGAGUUCGUCCGGAUGUUCUCUAUCCAGCAGUCAACGUGAAUCAGUUCGAUAAACCCCUUGCUUAUAAGUUGAAUUUUCUCUCCAUAAACCGGUUUGAGAGGAAGAAGAACAUAGAGUUGGCUGUUUCAGCUUUUGCAAUACUAUGCAAAGAUAAAGAGGAUCUAGAUGACAUUACCCUCACUGUUGCAGGGGGUUAUGAUGAAAGAUUGAGGGAGAAUGUAGAAUAUCUGGAGGAUCUCAAAAGUUUAGCUAAGAAGCAAGGCGUGUCUGAUCGAGUAAAUUUUAUCGCAUCUUGUUCAACACCCGAAAGAAACGAACUUCUCUCAAAUUGCUUGUGUGUUCUCUACACACCAACGGAUGAGCAUUUUGGGAUUGUUCCAUUAGAGGCAAUGGCAGCUUACAAACCCGUGAUCGCGUGCAAUAGCGGUGGUCCUGUGGAAACAGUGAAGAGUGGAGUAACCGGUUAUCUAUGUGAACCGACUCCAGAAGAUUUCAGCAAGGCAAUGGCUAAAUUCAUCGGAAAUUCUGAGUUAGCUGACAGGAUGGGUACUGAAGCUAGGAACCAUGUCGUCGAGUCGUUCUCUACCAAGACGUUUGGACAAAGAUUGAAUCAGUUUAUCACUGAUGUCUGGUGCUUUAAACAAGACUGA